AUGAAGACCCAAACAAUUCUUUCAAUUCUUUUGGCUACGGCCCAUCUCGCUGCUGCUCAAGGAGGACCAAUUCGUGGACCUGGGGACACUGAUGUUGGAAACAACGCUCCCCAAGGCGGAAACAACAGUCCUCAAGGUGUAGGAUCGAAACCACAACCACCAGCAUCAAAAGAGACUACAAUCUCUGAGGCUUACGGAUCGUCAAACUCCGGAGCCAAUCAACAAGCAAUUUGCGAGUGUUACCCAAUUGAUGGCUCUGACGCACCAGCUCUGACUGCGGCUACCAGUCAGGAACAAGGUGCCAAUUCGGACAGUGGUACAUCAUUCACGCACAUCGUAGAUACUACUCCUCCUAAGAAGCAAUCGAAGCGACAACGUGGUGGAGACGCCACCGAAGAGGAAGAUCCUGAGGCACAAAACGCCGCAGGAGGAGGGAAGCCAAAGCCUAAGCCUAAGCCAACCAAGCCAGAAGAAGCUGCUGCUUCAGCUUCUGUUGAUGCUACUCAAGUCGGUAUCAAUGCUGCUGGUGGUGCCGGCUCUGCUGCAGGUCCAUGGGGAGCCGUCUCCUAUGCUGGCCCCGCAAUUGGUGCCAACUAUCAAGAUAUUGAUGGAAACUGUGUUUGCCCACCAGGUCAAUCUCCCCACAAGCCAAAGGGGCCAAGCGGAGGUGCUCCCGCAGAGGAAGGUGGUGCAACUGGCGGCCCAUCGACUGGCGGCCCAUCGACUGGCGGCCCAUCGACUGGCGGCCCAUCAACUGGCGGCCCAUCGACUGGCGGACCAUCAGGCGGACGCCCAGAAGGAAAUGGCAAUGAGAGCGGAAACGGAAAUGGAAAUGGAAAUGGAAAUGGCAACGGCAACGGCAACGGCAAUGAGAACGAGAACGAGAACGAGAACGAGAACAAAAAUGAGAACGAGAACGAGAACUUGAAUGCCAACAUCAACAAGAACGAGAAUGUUAACAUCAAUGGCAACGCUAAUGCCAACAUCAACAAGAACUUGGGACUCAACUUUGGCAGCAACAGCAAUGGAUGGGGAUCAUGGUUCGGAAGCAAGGCCGCUGCCGUCGCUGCUGACCCCGCCGCCUCCGGUACUCCAGUCGCCGCCAGCGAUGCCUCCGGCAUUGUCGGUGCCACUGAUGCGUCGUUCGUCCCCGAAGCCUCCACCGGAGACGUUUCCGGUGUUGAGCAAUUCACCGGUGCUGGAUCCAGCAUUGCUAUCUCCGCAUGGGGAUUCCUUGCUGCCGUCUUCGCCAUCGCCAACGUCUUGUAG